GAUAUGGCAGUACAACGUUCUUCGAAAGCAAGUUGACAACAAUGGAUAUUUUAAGAGAUUUAUUUCGUGUCUGUGAAUUUCCUUGGAUUAAAGUGCAACAUGAAUCAUAAUUAGUUAAUAAUUAUGUUGUUUGAUCAUUUUUUGAUUGCGAAGAGAGUUACUAACUUUAGAGAGAGAAAACGUUAAUUGACAGCUGAGAGCGAGUGGGUGGGGAAAAGUGUAAAUGCAGUGGAAUUAAUAAAUUACUACGGAUUUACCUUCGAUCUGUUACAUAACAUAAUGGAAAGUACUAUUGAUAAAGAGAUAGGCGUCUUUGGUGGCCUUUUCAUUAGCAUCGUCUCAGAAAUGAGAGGCAGUGCCCCAGUAUGGGAAGAUUUCACCACCAAAGCCACCAAACUUCACACCUCUCUCAAGGGAACCUUGGUUGCAAUUUCAGCGUUUCUGGAUGCUUUCCAGAAGAUUGCGGACUUGGCCACAGGGUCUCGAGGUGCAACAAAGGAGCUGGGGACGGCCCUCACUAGACUGUGUAUGCGCCACAAGGCCAUAGAGACAAAACUGAAGAAAUUCACUGGAACUAUCCUUGACCAUCUAGUCAGCCCACUACAAGAAUGCAUGGAAGAAUGGAAGAAAAACGUUAUACAACUUGAUAAGGAACAUGCCAAAGAUUACAAGAGAGCCAAACAAGAAAUCAAGAAAUGUUCCUCAGACACUAUGCGACUCCAAAAAAAGGUCAAAAAAGCUGCCCAGAAUGGAGGCAACUCUACCUCGCCAUUGUGGUUUGACGAAGGGAAGGCAGACAUGCAGCUUAGGUUGGAGGGCGCAAUGCAAGAUGUGAACGAGAAGUACAUCGCUCUUGAGGAACAAGAGAAGAAUGCGCUUCGGACAGCAUUGAUAGAAGAGAGGGCCAGAUUUUGCUUGUUUGUUUCGUGCUUAAAACCUUUCGUGGAUGAAGAGGUAGGCCUGCUGACGGAGGUUACACACCUUCAGGAGAUCAUGGACAGCCUGUGCAUGCAGGCAGACAACCCGGCCACCCUGCCCCCGUCCAGUGAGCAGGUCAUCAUGGACUUGAAGGGUGUCGACGCCACAGCCUACACCUUCCAGAAAAAUAUUCCCAAGAUUUUGGUUGGGUCAAAGACCCCGCCCAGUUCCCCCAGCUCUCUGGGAUCCAGGAAGUCGAGCAUGUGCAGCAUCAACAGCCUCGCCAGCUCCAGUAGCGGGUCCGCGCAGUCCCACAGUCCAUGCCAUAACAAGAACAUACAACAGCACCACACACAAUUGCUAGGGUCCGGCGUACGGUUGACAAGCGUGUCGUCCCAGGACUCGGGUUUCACGUCACAAGACACGCUUUUCCUGCGCCCCACCACCCCCUCCUCACUUAGCCUUCAUACGCAGCAGACAGUUGAGGCAAGCCAAGAUGUGGACACUCCCGAAAUAGACUCCACCCCUUCGACACCGUCAGAGAACUACCCCAACACUCCCUCUGCGACCUCAACGUGGACAAACUGGCCAAACGCUCCAAACACUAGCGUCAAAACUGAGAACGGUCGUCCUCACACGAUUUCUUCAGCAUAUGAGAAAUCUCACACCAGACCGGCGUUGUCGUCGCAGCUGUUCGAGCCACCUCCACAACAGGGGUCGCUCCAGAAUCAGUCACAGAGCGAAGGUCAGAUCGAAGGUCAAGGUCAAGCUGAGCAGAGGUUGUUGAAGCGUGACAGGCCGCACAGCACUAUGACGAUGCCGUAUACACGGCCUGCUGCCCAGAUCAAUAAAAUGCAGCCUGUUCUCCCGCCACUCGGGCCGAAGCCGAAAUCGCGAGCUGUGGCUCCACCGAGAGUACCCUCUAUAGGAGAGCAACCAGUCUACGCCAACUUGAAUGAGUUAGCUGCUGCACAAUUGACUGGGGCCGACACAGACAAAACGCCAACAGGUCGCGAACCCCCAAACAUUGGCGGCUCCACUGCACCAAAGCUGUGCGGAGACAUAGACUUGAAUGCAGCAAUACGAGACCUUGACAAUUAUACGGCUGCACUGCACGGUGAUUUCACACCUGGCGACCGAAAAUCUAAGAUUGAACAGAACUCACUGGAGCUAGCGGCAGCCAUCAAAGAGCUUGAGGCCAACACUGCGGCCCUCGAGAGCAUGUACCCAGAGACGCAGGCUAGCCAGUCUUCUCUUCAUGCUUCAAGUGGGUAUGGAACAAUGAACAGCACACCUGCGUCAUCGGAAGACCCAUUGGCCACUGGAGAUUUUGUCGACACCGGACAGAGUGACUAUCUCGCCCAGGAGCAGGGAAAAUAUAACACCAUACCAAGAAACAGUCCCGUAAUGAGGGCUGCAUUCCAGUUUAAACGGCCUGCAUCCACUAUUAUAGGAAUGCCAUCUUCAGCGUUGAGCCGUCGCAGUUCAAUGAACACGGCUAAACCCCCACCCCCUAUAAGACGAACCUCCUCCAUCACCCAGGCCCCGAAUCCCACAGUGUUGCAGAAAUUUCGAAACUCUCCCCCGCGGCAACUCAACAACCAGCCUCCCAGUGAAAACCAUAGCAACAGGGCGAUGCCAGUGGGUGGUAAUCCAAACGGGGCUCCUACCCAACAUAAUCAUCGCAGGAGUUUGAGUGCCAGUGGUGGCUCCGAACCAGAGCACGCUUACGCAGAGUUGACUGAAAUUCAGGCGAGUAUAAGGGCGCGACAGCAACAACAACAGCAACAAGGGCAGUAUCCGAGUGAAGGUCAAGGUCAUGGUAUCCAGGGUCAGGGCGGGUAUGGGGUCAUGUCAGCUCCUGUUACGCCCCAGUAUGCUCAACCAGUAACAGUGCCAGGGCAGAACCCCAUGAACAGUGCCGUUGUGAACAGUUUGAACGCCAGGUUCUCGGGUAUGAGUACCGGACAGCCGGCAGGGCAAGUGGGUCAGAUGGGCCAACAGUCACAGUACCAGUCUAGUUCUAACCCUGCUAGUGUUAGUGUUAAUAGUCAGACAAAGUACCAACAAGCACCCAGUCAGAACUCAACGAAAAUUGGUGGGGGUGGCCUUGUUGAUUUUCCUGAUCUGCCCCCGCCGCCUUCGGAAGAUGAACUCAAGCAAAUGGAACAAAUUUACAGUGUGCCAAAACAGAGCUAUCCGCAGGCUCAGUCGUAUAAUGCGGAGGUUUUGAACACUAGUAACUCUGUGCAAAUGCGUAAUCCAGCGUCCCAGUAUCAGGCCACACCGAUCGUUAAUCCAGGGGGAGGGGUGGACAUGCGUCAAUCUUUGAUAUCAGAACUGAAAGCUGGAAAUAGGUUAAGGAAAAUGUCUAACAGUGAAGGGGGAGCUAAUUGCUGAUGUUACCAUUGUGCUGUGUUUAAAAAAGUGUUGCCAUAGUAUUGUAAUUGCUUGUACAGAGAAAAAAUGGCACCUUCUUAUGUUUUGAUUUCGGCUUCAUUACUGCUUAAGGAGUGUUUGACAGUAAAAGAAAUGUUACAGCAAUGCUUCUGUUAUAACUUGCACAUUUUUCAACAAUGUACAAGAAAAUGAAAAAGGUAUCUUUGUGUGUAGAAUUCCUGCAUUAGUUUAUGGUGCAGAAAUUUACAUCAUGAUAACAAUUAAGUCCACAGAAUUGGUCAGUUUUUGUAAGAAAUAUCCUUAGUUUUUUUCAAAGAUUGUAGAAUGUCUUUAUUAAAUAACUUACAAGUGUUGAAAUAAACAACACAUUAGACUUGGGA